AUAUUGAAAGCCCACGGCCCUUUUCACCUUUUCUCCAUAUCAGCUUAAAGAGACACGUCGUCUCUGCAACAUCCCAUCAAUGGCGAGUUUUGGGAGAGCUCUUUCCGUCGUCCGCCGGAUCGUCAAUUCCACAGCCGUAACCAGUCAUAGCUCAAUUGCUCCUGCCGCAGAAAUCCUUAUCAGGCCUCAAUAUAGUUUGGUUCCAAGAUACUACUCUGCUUCCGGUGGCGAUACUGGAUCGUUGAAUAUCGAUCUCUCAAAUGAGGAGAACAAGAGGAGAGUAUUUAACAGGCUGGUAUAUAGGAGCAAGCAGAGAGGGUUCUUGGAGCUUGAUUUAGUUUUGGGGAAAUGGGUUGAGGAGAACGUUCAUUCCAUGGACGAGAAGGGAAUUACAGCCCUUGUUCAUGUUCUCGAUCUGGAAAACCCGGAUCUGUGGAAGUGGUUGACUGGUCAGGAGCAACCCCCAGAGACAGUGAGCAAGAAUCCUGUGUUCUCCACAUUGCAUAACAAGGUCAUGAACAAUCUCAACAGCCAUGCUGCCCCAGAGACUCGGGCUAUACCCGGACAGCCAUGGGUAAGAGGAUGGGAUGAUAUUAAAAAAGGGCGUGACGGCCCUAUCGCUGGGAACCAGUAGAGCUAUACCAUAAUAUCCUAGGCUAAAGAUGGUGCUAAGAAUGCUCGUCGCAUGUUAUAUUAUAUCUGCCUGUAUUUUGUUGUAAGUUGGCUACUGUUCCUUUCGCCAAAUAGUGAGCAGAAAUCCUGCAUGAAUAAGGCUGCUUCAUUGAAUCCAAGAUUCAUGGAAUCCUUAGGCCUAUAUUGUAAGUUGUUUUAAUUAACCAUUAGCGCUAUAGCAGGCAAGACUCAUGGGAUUCGACAUUUGAAUAAAGAUUUCAGGGAAUUUCAAGGUUGUUUACGCAUUA